AAGCUUGGCUCCUAAACCCGCCGGGUCCGGGUUCCGGGCUCCGGAAUCCAGGCGGCCGGGCUGGCCGGAUGAAACUCUACCUGAGACCGCCGGAGUCCAAAUCCCGCAAGGACGACGUAGAGGUGGACCUGAACGAAGACGAGUUGAUCGAGAGCGUCCGGAAGAAGAUCCAGGAGAAGAAAGGCCUGGACUGUUACAAGCUGAAACACAAUGGCAAGAGCCUGAAGGAUGACGAGACGCUUCGACAACACAAGGUGGAAGAAGGCGACACCAUCUUCACCGAGCCGGAGUUCCACGGCCAGUACCUGCCCAUGGGCGUGCAGCCGUCCAUGGAGAAGAAGAGAAAAGCGGAGGAGGAUAUGGACAUCAUCGAGCUGGCGCCAGAGGUGAAGAAGGCCGCGGCCGCCGCCGCCGCGGAGAACGUCACCCUGGCCGAGGUGACUUGGUGCGGUGUUCGUGCCGGUGCCUACGGGGAGAAGGGCAUGCGCCGACAGAUGGAGGAUGAGACGGUGAUUUGCCCGUCCCUCCGCGACCUGGUGCCCGAGCUGCCGGAAGAGCGCGACUUCGCGCUCUUCGGGAUCUUCGAUGGCCACGGCGGCAAGCAGGUGGCUGAGUUUGUCAAGACCUUUCUGGCUCCCGAGUUGGCCAGCGCCUUUGCCAAUGAUGAGCCCAAGAAAGGCCCCAUGGCGGACAAGCGAGUCAUGAAAGUCACCGAGGCGGUGUUCCAGCGGAUGGACUCGCGGAUCUCCACGGAGCUGGCAGGCGCCUACGACGGCUGCACGGCCAACGUCGUGCUGGCCAACGCGGAGAAGAUGAUCUGCGUGAAUUUGGGGGACAGCAUGGCCUACCUGUGCCGGCAGAAGAACCCUGAUGACCAGGAGGACUUCCUUUGCAUUCCCCUGCAGCAAAGGCAGCACAAGUGCUGGAUGAUGAAAGAGAAAGAGAGGAUCCUUAGGUCCGGCGGUGCUGUAGAGAACGGCCGCAUCAACGGCAUUUUAGAGGUCUCCCGAGCUUUCGGGGACCUGACCCUGAAGAAGUUUGGCGUGCUGUCCACGCCAGAGUACAUGAAGUUCCAGAUGGACAGAGAGAAGGACCGCUUUGUGAUCCUCGCCUGCGACGGUUUCUGGAACGCCUGGACUGCCGCAGAGGCCAUCGAGUUCACCCACAGCCUGGUGGCCAACGAGGAAGGUCGAGCCGAGCUAGAGGCAGACUCCAUCGACAUUCGGGGUGUGUGCAAGGAGCUUGUGCAACACGUUAUCGAGGAGAAGAAGGCGCAGGACAACGUGAGUGUUGUGGUGUUGCAUAUCAUGCCGCAGGCUGGCUGACGCGCUGUCAGACCGCUGAAGGCAAAGG